GCCAAUCGCGGCGGAGCGCGGUCAAGGGACGCGCCUCUCGUGAUCGCGCACGCCGCGACUGUUUUUAAUCGGGGGCGCGGACGUGCGCGUCCCCGCGGAGUCUUUGUGUGGCGGCGUAGAGAAGCGCAAAUACAAUAACCAUGGCCGACGAGAAACCCAAGGAGGGGGUAAAGACAGAGAACAACGACCACAUCAACCUGAAGGUGGCGGGACAGGAUGGGUCAGUGGUCCAGUUUAAAAUCAAGAGACACACACCCCUCAGCAAGCUCAUGAAGGCCUACUGUGAGAGACAGGGACUGACAAUGAGGCAGAUUCGAUUCCGGUUUGACGGACAGCCGAUUAACGAAACAGACACGCCCGCACAGUUGGAAAUGGAGGAUGAAGACACAAUUGACGUUUUCCAGCAACAGACAGGAGGACACAUCUGAAUCGGACGACCCUAGCGACCCCGACCCGUCUCUCUCUGCGCCUCUCUCUCUGCUCCUGGUUCUCACAGACCUCUCUCCUCAUGGUUAUCUGUAACUGCUGUUGUAUAGUGUUUUCAGUUCAUCAUGUUUUUCUUUCGUUUUGUACAUAAAGGGUUUCUGCUACGGUAAUUAUUUCAUUGGGAUUGUUCAUCGCUGUAAAAUCUGACACGUUAAGCCCAACGAGCGAUCGCUAGACCAUCAUGGAGACAGUCAUCUGCGUAUAGACCAACUAAUACAUGUUUCCCCUUCUAAAUCAUUGAGGAUACGAGCCGUGUGUUUGAGUUCAGGGUUUUGUUUUGGUUCGGAUAUGAGCACACAGGCUUUUUCAAAAUUGUUUUAAAAAUGAUAAGGAAAUGUUCUGCUCUGUUAAGCAGACAAACCUGCAGUUCAGAUUGAUUUUCAGUUUUCCAUUCAGACAAAUUUGGUUUUACAACUUUUUUUUUUAUUGUAGUGUUCAUGUAUAGUGCGAAACUUGUGUUAAACAUGUUUCGACUCGAGUACGUGCGAGGGAAUUCAUGUUUUAGACAAGUCAAGCAUCUGUCUGUAUUGUCUAAUCUCUUGUUAAAAUAAAAUAUUCUCUUUUUAUCAAACUGUCAA